ACGUGCAAGGUCAUCAGAUAGACAGAAUGACCUUGAAGACACGCCCACUUUUUUUAUCGCUGUAGCGAAAAUAAUUAGUUCUUAUAACAGUUCUUGAUCAGAAAAUAAAAUAUGAUGAAAAUGUUGGCAAGUCUCACAUCUAGAGCAACUUACACAUGUAUAUGCCGGGGGCUUUGGAAGCAGUCGGCUGGCAUUACUCCAUCUAUAGGUGUCUUGGGGAAUCAUAAAUCCAUCCACACAAAGCCUGCCUGUUGCAUCAUGGAUAAAGAUGUCAGAGGGAAGGACAAAGUUUUGGAAGAGGCUGGAAGGAGGAAGAGCUACCAACCUAUGGAUGAUCCAUUAAAUACAGAAAAUGACGCUGUGAUAGAGGGCUUAAAUAGUGGUGGAAUAUUGACCCCUUCCAAGCACACUCCAAAUAUGGUAAUCAGUGGCACAAAAUAUUCAGAAUUACAUUUCGUGAGCAUUAAGUCGACACCAAACAAUACUAUCCUCUCGCUACAGGAACAUAAAGGAACUGGUAUUGCCUACAAUUCAUGUGGUAUAGAGGGUUUCAAGAACAGUAGAAAAGGAACCAACAUUGCUGCCCAAGCUGCUGCUAUUACCCUAGGCAAGAAGGCCCUUGAAAAGGGAGUAAGAGAUGUGAAGAUCAUAGUGAAAGGACUUGGACCAGGAAGAUUGCCUGCUAUAAAGGGCCUGCAGAUGGCAGGACUGAAUGUAGUGUCCAUAACAGACAAUACACCAAUAAGAAUGGGAGGGGGAAAAUCCAGGAAAGUACAGAGAAAGUAGACAAUGAAUUUCAAAAUAUGGCUACUAUACACAGAAGCAUGUAUUUGACAUUUAAGGGGGUAUCUGAUCACCCAAAUAGUGAAGUCUAUACAAACAAGGCUAAAGAUUAAAUUUAAUAACACUAGCCUUAGUUUUACGCGUCAUACUUUAAACUAUUGAUAUUUGGCACUGGAGCAUAAAAAAUAAAUCAACAACUCGCUGUAUUACUAAAUUGAUGUUUGUUUAUUUGACUAUAUUAAUGAACUAAUAUAUAAUACAAUUUGGUCAUCCAAAUAUUAUGUUCUGAAAAAUAAACUGUUGGCCUUUUUUAUAAUGGAAUGAGAGGAAAAAAUAGUUUAAAAUUGUGACAUUUUUUGAAACUAAAAUCUCAAGUUGUCUUUAUCCCUUCUUAACCCUAUAUAAUUCCAUAUAUAUAACAGUUAAAUGAAUUUGAAUGCAAUACAAUUUUACAAUACAUUUUGCUACAGUAAAACCUGUCUUUGUGAA